ACUGUCGUGAUCCCGGGGCGCGGCGACAUGCCGGAGCUGGUGGUGACUGCUCUGCUGGCGCCGUCGCGCCUCUCGCUGAAGCUGCUGCGUGCCUUCAUGUGGAGUUUAGUGUACUCGGCAGCUUUGGUGGCCGGGGCAAUCUAUGGCUGCAUCGCGCUCACGCACGUGCUGUGCCGGCCCAGACGUGGCUGUUGUGGGCGCCCCAGGCGAGAGGCUCCGGCUUGCCUGAAGGACCCCACACUGGGCAAGCAUGACUUCCUGAGCCUCAGGAGCUCUGGUCUGCGACUGCACUAUGUCUCCGCUGGCCACGGCAAGGGGCCUCUCAUGCUGUUUCUUCAUGGCUUCCCGGAGAACUGGUUCUCCUGGCGCCACCAGCUCAGGGAGUUCAAGAGCCACUUCCAUGUCGUGGCUGUGGACCUGCGUGGCUACGGCCCUUCUGAUGCACCAAGAGAUGUGGACUGUUACACCAUCGACCUGCUGAUGGCUGACAUCCAGGAUGUUAUCCUGGGCCUGGGUUACUCCAAGUGCAUCCUUGUGAGCCAUGACUGGGGCGCUCUCCUUGCCUGGAAUUUCUCCAUCUACUUCCCAUCCCUGGUAGAGCGGAUGGUUGUGGUCAGCGCUGCCCCCAUGUCAGUGUACCAAGACUACUCAAUACGCCACAUUGGCCAGUUCUUCCGAUCGAACUACAUGUUCCUGUUCCAGCUUCCUUGGCUGCCAGAGAAAUUGGUGUCCAUGUCUGACUUCCAGAUCCUGAAGACUACCCUCACCCACUACAAGACAGGCAUCCCACACUUGACCCCCAGUGAACUUGAGGCAUUCCUUUAUAACUUCUCUCAGCCUGGUGGUCUCACAGGGCCCAUCAACUACUACCGAAACCUCUUCAGGAACUUCCCUCUGGAGCCCCAGGAGCUGGCCACACCCACACUGCUGCUGUGGGGGGAGAAGGACCCCUACAUGGAGGUGGGGCUGGUGGGAGCCAUUAGUAGACGCUUUGUGCCAGGCCGACUGGAGGCCCACAUCCUGCCAGAUGCGGGGCACUGGAUCCCCCAGAGCCACCCCCAGGAGAUGCACCAAUACAUGUGGGCCUUUUUGCAAGACCUGCUGGACUAG